AUGGAUCUUCUUCUUGAAGCGUGUGACUACUACUUGUUUGACCGUGCAUAUGCCGUGUUGUUGCCCAGCCCUGGAAACUCCACAACCUUGGCCACUACGCCCUUGUACACCGACCUUAACGUUAAAGUUCCCACUGCCCUCAACUACGUCUACCAGAAAUUACUCACUUUAAAAAGUACAGAUGUGUACGGAGAACCCUCGAUCUUGCCUGCAUCACCCUACACGUAUGCCUCGAUUUUAUCCCGUUCCAAUAUAGUAAGACAAUUCAUAAGCAUUUUCCUUGUUACAUGUCUUUUUGGGUGGAUUGCCUACUUUUCAGUGGCUGGAUUCGCUUAUCUCACCGUUUUUGACAAACGGGUGUUCAACCAUCCUCGGUACUUGAAGAACCAAAUGUCUAUGGAAAUCCACCAGGCCCUCACGUCCAUCCCCCAGAUGGUAUUGUUGACAGUGCCAUUUUUCUUAAUCGAGUUGCACGGGUACUCUCGUUUAAAUGGAACCUUAUACGACAUUUUCGACAACAAGACGAAGUUAUUGUUACAAACAUUAACUUUCUUAAUGUUCACUGACUGUGGAAUCUACUUCAUCCAUAGAUGGUUACAUAUUCCUUCGGUUUACAAGAAGUUACAUAAACCCCAUCACAAGUGGAUUGUAUGUACUCCAUUUGCUAGUCAUGCAUUCCACCCAGUUGAUGGUUGGGCUCAGUCCUUGCCCUAUCACUUUUAUCCCUUGUUUUUCCCAUUACACAAGGUGUUGUACUUAUUCUUGUUCGGUUUUGUCAACUUCUGGACGGUGAUGAUCCACGAUGGGCAAUACUUGCUGAACGACCCGGUGGUAAACGGGACUGCAUGUCACACCAUCCACCACUUGUACUUCAACUAUAACUAUGGACAAUUCACCACUUUGUGGGACCGGUUGUGCCGGUCCUACAGACGGCCAGAUGACUCGUUGUUUACCAGAGGAAUCUUGUCAUCAGAUAAGAGGGAGACCGAGAAGAUACGGAGACGGUUGGAAGGUAAAGACGACCGGACCUACACCAAGUAG